UAUAUUCGCGCUGACUGCUGGAAGUGUGGCGAGUGGAGGUCCAGAGUGGGACAGAGAGCGGAGUAAACGGAGGGCGUCUGUACUGGUAGUCAUGGCUGCAUGGCUGCUCGCUGCUGGCUUUCUGGCCGCUGGAGUUUCUUUCUUACUGCUGAGAGUCUGCGGAGCGCCGAGGAGAUGGCAGCAGGGAGAACCUCGACUAGUGAAAGGAUGGCUGCCGUUUUUUGGUGUUAUGCUGGACUAUGCCAAAAACCCACUGAGCUUCCUCCGAGCAACUCAGCAAAAGUAUGGAGACAUCUUUACAUGUAGGAUCGCGGGGAAGUACUUGACCUUCAUCACAGACCCGUUUUCUUUCUCUGUGGUGAUGCGUCAGGGCCGAAACCUCGACUUUCAUGAAUUUGCCAUGGGCUUCUCUCAUCGGGUAUUUGGUCAUGCUGAUUUCACAACCCCAGUGUACAGUGAAAGCUAUGCGAAGAUCCACUCUAUCUUCACGCAAACACUGCAAGGCCUGCCCCUUGAGCAGCUAUCAGAGUCCAUGCUAGAUAAUCUGCAGACAGUUUUAGGGCGGCGCCUGCCAAGCGAGAGGAGUUGGAAGGAGGAAGGGUUGCAGAGUUUCACCAGCCGAAUCAUGUUUGAGGCUGGGUACCUCACACUGUUUGGCAGGAAGAAUGGAGUUCAGGCAGGCGGUGCAGGAGCUGUGGAUACAUGCAUGAAGAAGGCAAAGCAAGAUUUUUUUACUUUUGACCGGGCAUUUCCUUUGAUGGCAGCAGGCAUGCCCAUCACAUUAUGUGUACCUGCAUUGCGGGCAAGGGAAGCGUUAGCGGAGAAACUGCUGCAUGGUGAACUUCAUCAAAGGAUGUGCAUUUCAGAUCUGAUUCAGCUUAGGAUGAACGCAUUUGAUCGCAUGCACUUGGAUGAAAUGGGGAAAGCACGCACACAUGUAUGCAUGCUUUGGGCAUCGCAGGCCAACACGCUGCCAACUGCCUUUUGGAGCCUCUACUAUACUCUGAGAUGUCCAGAAGCUCUUGCUGCAGCUCGUACUGAAGUGGACAAGGUCUUGCAGGAGUUAGACCAGCCAAUGAAUGACCAUGACAUGCCAAUCAGCCUCUCCAAACAGCAGCUGGACUCCAUGACUGUGCUAGAGAGUAUAAUCAAGGAAGCCCUUCGUCUGUCCAGUGCCUCUAUUAUGAUACGUGUUGCCAAUAAUGACUUCACUCUCACACUGGACUCUGGGAAAACAGCAGCCAUUAGAAAAGGAGACUACAUUGCCCUCUACCCCCAGCUCAUCCACCUGGACCCUGACAUCUACCCCCAACCCAUGGAGUUCAGGUACAACCGCUUUUUGGAUGAGUCAGGCGAAAGGCGGAGCCAGUUCUUCAAAAACGGGCGGCAGCUGAAGAACUACCUAAUGCCAUUUGGUUCUGGUGCCAGCAAGUGUCCAGGCCGUUUCUUCGCCUUGAAUGAGAUAAAGCAAUUCCUCACAGUAGUACUCUGGUACUAUGACUUACACCUGAGUGACCCCGACUCCAGAUUGUUACCAGACACUACCCGCGCUGGCCUUGGUGUUCUACCACCUGAGCAAGACGUGCUAGUUAGAUACAGAGCUAAAGCAGACAGGUACAGAGAGACAUACACAGAAGAAAGAGCAAACUGAGAGGCAAAGCAAGGGCAAUAAUGUUGAGAUUAUGGCAGGAUUCCAUCCAGCUGUGAAAAUUUAAGCAAAUAACUGAUAUAUAUAUAUUACACAAAAAUUGGACUUACAGUUGACCGGGGCAGAUCUAGCAGGGCAGAAAUUUCACAGACUGCCUUGUGGCAAAAGUGGUAUCUUAUGACAGUGCCAUGUUCAAAGUCACUGAGCUCCUUAAUGCAACUGGUUCUAGUGCCAUUGUUUGUCUGUGGAGACAGUAUGGUUAUGUGCUUGAAUCUAUACACCUGGCUGAAACACCUGAACUCUGCAAUUAGGAGGGGUGUCCACAUACUUUAGGCCAUAUAGUGUAAGUUGGAAUCCACACAUUUUUGGUACCACUGUCCUUCGUGAGUGAUCUGGCCUAAAAUCAGUGCAGGUGCUAUCUGAAUAUUUUGUUUCUGUAUGUAGAAUUGGACAGUGACUAAACUUUGUUGUAUUUGGCUCUGUACAUACAAUUAAAAAUGAACUCUAUGAAGCUAAAGUGGAGAAUGUCAGCUUCACUCUGUUGAGUGAAUAUGAGAAUUUAGCAUUUUUUUACACAGCCCAACCAUUUCAUAAGUAAUGGGACAAAUUUACUUAAGCAGUCAUGUUUACUACUUUGCAACUGAAUAACGCUGUCAGUCUGAGAGCCAUACACUGUGUAUCUUCACUUAUGAUGGUCUGCCAGGCCUGGAUUGCAGCCAUUUUCCUGCUUACCUUGAGGAGCUUUCUGCUGUCAGACGUGUCUUCAGUAAAUGAAAUGCAAGAUAAAUGAGGUUCAGGUCAGGUGACUGACUUAGCCAAUCAAUAACAUUGCACUUUUUGUCCCUGAAAAAGUCUGCAGUUGCUUUAGCAGUAUGUUUUCGGGUCGUUGCCCUGAAGGGCCCUCAACUGCGUUUUGAGGCAUUUGGUUGGGGCUGAGCAGUUUUAAUCAAAAUACCUGCUUCCGCAGUUGGCAGCCAAGACAAGUGAGGCCGUGUCAUUGGCAGUCACAUGCACUGAUUUGACACAGAUGAAGAGGUAUGCUACGGACCAUGAGCAAUUCCUUUUCUCUCCACACUUCCUCUUUCCAUCACUUUGCUACAUCUUGUUCUCAUCUGCUUAUUACAAUUUGUCCCAGAACUCUACAAACUCGGCAGUGUGUUCUUGCUUCUUAACAAUGUACCAAAUAGGGCAGAAACUAAUGAGGCAACAACACACAGUUAGACAAGAAACAACUAAAUGCUUACAGUGCAUGAAAUGAUAGGCCUACAUGUAAAAGUUGUAUGAUUGCUAUAUGGUCCACCCAAUAAAAUGUAAAGCUAACAGGCUGACCUUUGAGUUUGAUAAUACGUGUUGUGUGUAUGAUAUUUUGUGUAUGAUUAUUUUACCUUUUUUAGAAAGAUAUGCUUGUGAACAAGUUGUUGUGAUUCAAAAUGCAAUAAUUUCAUAGUAAUAGCAAUGUGUGUGCAUGUUUGGAAGUCUGGAAAUUUGCUGAUGGUCUGAAAGGGUGAUGUAUGUUUUAUGUACUGCAUAUUUGUGCAUCUAUUGAUGUAAUGCUUAUUUAAGUAAAACACAUUUCUUGAAGUAAAACACAUUUCUCAAAAAAUGUAUAUCUACUAACAGGUGUACAGCUCAUACUUAAAUCUUCUUAAAUUCAGGGGUACAAAAUUACUUUCUUUGUUUUGUUUUUCUUUGCUUUCGAACAGUUUUUCUGUUAUUUGUAUUAUGUCAAUUGGUGACUUUAUAAUUCAGUAGAACAUUAUAAUUACUUGUCUUCAUUGUCAUGAAAUAAAGAAAUAAACAGUAUCUCAGCAA